AUGGAUUUAGCUGAGCAAGUGAAAGUGCUGAAGAUAUCAAAGCUAGAGCUGCAGGAAGAAUGCCAGAAGCAGCAGAUAAAUUAUGAGGAAAAGACCCCACAUGAGAUGACAGUUAUCCUGAUAAUUAUUGGCAAACCAAUAGGGGUGGCCAUUGCUGAGUGCUCAAACCAGUGGAUCAAGGCUUGGCUCAGGGAGCUAGAGGUGGAGAAGUUUUUCAGAGGACUGACGGAGGCCAGUAGGCAGGAAGACAUGGAAGGGCAGAAAGGCACAAAAUCAUCCAAGUAUACAGAGGAGAAAUUGCAUCUGGGACGAGAAACCAUUGAGAAAAGGGUGUUCUUCAGUAAAGAAAUGGCAAAUCAAACCACUGUCACCCAGUUUUUCCUGAUGGCAUUUUCUGACCUCCCAGAGCUCCAGAUUUUACAUUUGGUGGUGUUUCUUUCCAUUUACUUGACAACCCUGUUGGGGAACGUCCUUCUCAUCCUGGCUGUAGCCCAGAAUCCUAAGCUUCAUAGCCCCAUGUAUUUCUUCUUGGUCAACUUAUCUUUAUCAGAUGUUUGUUAUAUCUCUGCCAUCGUCCCCAAGUCCAUGGCCAUUUCUUUGACAAGCAAUACACUGAUAUCUUUCUCUGGCUGUGCCACCCAAGUGUUUUUAUUUGCCUUCUGUGCAACUGCUGAGCUGACUUUUCUGUCUGUCAUGGCUUAUGACCGCUAUGUGGCAAUCUGUCAUCCUCUGCAAUACACAAUGAUCAUGAACUGGAAUGCCUGCUUCCAAAUGGCUGUUGCUUCUUGGAUUGCCAGCAUAAUAAAUUCUGGGGUGCAAACUGCAAACACUUUUACAUUAUGCUUUUGCGGGUCUACAGUUACACAAUUUUUCUGUGAUGUGCCCCAAUUAUUAAUGCUUUCUUGCACUGAUACAACAGCCAAUAUAUGGUGUAUAGUGGGUUUUACACUUACUCUGGGAUUAUUUUGCUUCUCUUUAAUAUUUUUUUCUUAUGUCUUCAUCUUCUCUACAGUGUUUAAGAUUCGUUCAGCUCAAGCCAGGUACAAAACGUUUUCCACCUGUACUCCACACCUGACUGUAUUUAGUUUGUUCUUUUUUACUGCUGUGUUUUCUUAUUUUAAACCCCAGUCCUUAUCAUCACCAUUAUUGAAUCAGGUAGCUGCUGUUCUGUACACUGUUUUGCCACCGCUCAUGAAUCCCAUCAUUUAUAGCCUGAGAAACAGAGACAUCCAAGUGACCAUUCAGAAAAUAUUAAAGAAACUGUUCAGUUCUCACUUGAUGAUCUGA